AUGAAUUGGUGUAUAGAUGAAAACGGAAGGGAUAGACGGAUUAAUAGAUGGAUAAAUAAUCAGACUAAGGGAUUUGGCCUUAAAUUUUCUGUCAAUGGGAGAAUCGUUUCUGUCACAUCAUAUUUUAUGCAAAUGGAGUCAAUCCCAGACAUGUCUUCCUCAGUAAAUAAAAACUCAAAAAUGGCAUAUUCUGCAAAAUAA